CCGGUAUCAUUCCCAAGUCCAUCUCGAAGAUGUGCCGACGUGCUCUCUAAUUGUCUUUGUUUACCGAACAGAUGGUGGGCAGUACAACACCCGUCACACAUAGCCCACGCUCCAUCAUAGCCCGUCCGUUGUCUCAUACCGACUCUAUCAGAACCAUUCGGCUAGAAAAAGAUUACUCUCUUUGGCACGAAAAGUCAUGCCGGCCUCUCAUCGUCCAAAUCAUUCGAGGUCAAACGACUGAUGGGGUACAGCGCCUCAUGGAAUCGGAACGCCUACUCAAAGAAGCCUUACGGCACCAAAUCGAGCUGCGACAAGAAGAAGAUAGAACACUAGACCUAAGCUUUCUGUCUUUUUCGAGCUUUGUAUCUGAUGUCGAAUUCAUACCGCUGCACUCGGCGGACGGACAACUCUAUGGUGAGAGCCUUAAGUCGCUGGAUACAUCUCGCACGCCGCUCAGUUCGGAAACCUCGCAUCACUCGACGGGCUCCUUCGCAUCCCAGGUUUCUGACUCGGGGCUUAAUGACCUCGAACAGAGCGCGGAGGUGCUUCUUCAAGAUCUCCAGGAAGGCAAGGCCACGCUCUUACGUCGAGAGCAGGGGCGAACCCUGUCUGUGAUUAGGAAAUUCACUCCACUAAUGGGAGAGGCCCAAGAACUCCAUGACGCCCUGAAUGCGGCUAUAUCCCAAGUUCGUGGGGCUCGACCGGACAUGGCAUCGAUGGGUUUCUCUGAUUUAGGGGUGGAAUUAAACAUUAAGGGUGAGCUUUAUAGAAACUCCUUGCUUCGGUACCUCGACAAAGCACCUCAGAUCGACACUCUUAAGAACGACACCUCUCAGGGCGAGCCGCAGGUGGUUACGCCGAAGGAAUGGGGGCAAAAGACCUUGUUUAACAAACUCAAGAAGGCCUUUGGAAUUUCGAGGACAGCUCAAAGCGGAGAGGAGGGCUACCCUCGCUUAACCCAAGGACUAAAUAUCAUCAUGACGGAAGUGGGGAGAAUAAUUGACCGCGGAAUAGCUCUACGAGAGUCGCUUUUGAGAUCCGCUUACCCGCUCAUGGACGAUAUAGCGACGGAACUUGCUCAGAGGGAUGGAGUGGAGAUUUUAGAUAGUUUCCAAGAACAUAUGUUAGUACGACGGGUCUUUAAGCGCCCGGUCUGAUUCUUAGGAAUAAAGGGUAUGAGAUUUUCAGAAUUUUAUAAUUAAGUUCAAAUAUCCAGGAAAUAUACCAACAUAGGGACCGUUACA